AUGGCGGAAGAUCUGGUGCUGGAUACUGCAAUCAGAGACUGGGUGUUGAUUCCUCUCUCUGUGGUUAUGGUUCUCAUUGGUGUGUUGCGCUAUUUUGUCUCCAAGCUUAUGCACUCUUCACAAACUCCAGAUGCCAAAAUUGUAAAGGAGGGGCAAGUGAUUGUUAGAGCUCGGAAUUUACGUGCUGGAGCGAAUUUUAUUCCUUCCAAGGCUUUUCGCACGCGCAAGAUUUAUUUUUGCAACGAGGAAAAUGGUCUGCUGUUUGUUCCAAAGGGCCAGGGCCAGAAUCCGCAAGCACAGAUGUUCUCUGAUCCGAACAUGGCCAUGGAUAUGAUGAAGAAAAACCUUUCAAUGAUAAUUCCCCAGACUCUUACUUUUGCUUGGGUGAACUUCUUCUUUUCUGGAUUUGUAGCAGCCAAGAUACCCUUUCCGUUGACACAGAGGUUUAGGUCGAUGUUACAGAAUGGUAUAGACCUUAGCACAGUAGACGUCAGCUAUGUCAGCAGUCGCUCUUGGUACUUCCUCAAUUUGUUUGGAUUAAGAGGAUUGUUUAGUCUCAUUUUGGGUGAAGAAAAUGCUGUAGAUGAUACACAACGUAUGAUGCAAAUGGGUGGAUUUGGAUUUGAUCCUUCAAAGGGUCUGAGUGCUGAGAAAGACAAUCUCGACAUAACACAGCAUGACUGGGCCUUACUGAAUUUCGAGCAUCGGGCCGAAGCUGUGUUGAGGAAAGUCAUCAGUUAA